GGGGAUGGGCAGCCGGGCGGCACGGUCUGGCGCCGGGGGGCUCCGCACGCUACUCCUGGCGCUGGUGGCCGCGGCGACCCCCGCGGGCGCCUACAACUUGGACCCGCAGCGUCCCGUGCGCUUCCAGGGCCCUGACGGCUCCUUCUUCGGCUACGCGGUGCUGGAGCAUUUCCACGACAACACGCGAUGGGUCCUUGUGGGUGCACCAAAGGCAGAUUCCAAGUAUAGCACCUCAGUGAAGUCCCCUGGAGCUGUGUUCAAGUGCCGUGUCCAUACCAACCCCGACCGGAGAUGCACCGAACUGGACAUGGCUCGAGGGAAGAAUCGUGGCACCCCAUGUGGAAAGACUUGCCGGGAGGACAGGGACGAUGAGUGGAUGGGGGUGAGCCUGGCUAGGCAGCCCAAGGCUGACGGUCACGUGCUGGCUUGUGCCCAUCGCUGGAAGAACAUCUACUAUGAAUCAGACCACAUCCUGCCACAUGGCUUCUGCUACAUCAUCCCGUCCAACCUCCAGGCCAAAGGCAAGACGCUGAUCCCUUGCUAUGAAGAGUACAAGAAGAAGUAUGGGGAGGAACACGGCUCCUGCCAGGCCGGGAUCUCAGGCUUCUUCACUGAGGAGCUGGUGGUGAUGGGUGCCCCAGGGUCGUUUUAUUGGGCUGGGACGGUCAAAGUGCUGAACCUUACAGACAACACCAAUUUCAAACUGAAUGAUGAAGUCAUCAUGAACAGGCGGUAUACUUACCUAGGCUACGCAGUGACUGCCGGUCAUUUCUCUCACCCAUCCACCAUCGAUGUUGUAGGAGGCGCUCCACAGGAUGAAGGCAUUGGAAAGGUGUAUAUUUUUAGAGCUGACCGAAGAUCAGGUACCUUAAUUAAGAUUUUUCAGGCAUCAGGUAAAAAGAUGGGCUCUUACUUCGGCUCCUCCUUAUGCGCAGUUGACCUGAACGCGGAUGGCCUCUCUGACCUGCUGGUGGGGGCCCCCAUGUUUUCUGAGAUCAGGGACGAGGGGCAGGUCACCACCUACAUCAACAAAGGAAACGGGGCCCUCGAGGAGCAGCUGGCCCUGACCGGGGAUGGCGCCUACAAUGCACACUUUGGAGAGAGCAUCGCCAGUCUAGGUGACCUUGAUGAUGAUGGGUUCCCAGAUGUGGCCAUUGGCGCACCCAAGGAGGAUGACUUCGCAGGGGCAGUAUAUAUCUACCAUGGUGAUGCCAGUGGGAUAGUCCGUCAGUACUCAAUGAAACUGUCUGGGCGGAAGAUAAAUCCAGUUCUACGGAUGUUUGGUCAGUCCAUAUCAGGAGGCGUUGAUAUGGAUGGAAAUGGCUAUCCCGAUGUGACUAUUGGAGCCUUCAUGUCCGACAGCGUGGUCCUUCUAAGGGCUAGGCCUGUCAUUACGGUGGACGUCUCCAUCUUCCUUCCAGGCUCCAUCAACAUCACGGCGCCUCAGUGUCUGGACGGACAGCAGCCUGUGAACUGCCUGAAUGUCACUGCCUGCUUUAGCUUCCAUGGCAAACAUGUUCCGGGAGAAAUCGGCCUGAAUUACAUUCUGACGGCUGAUGUGUCCAAAAAGGAAAAGGGCCAGUCGCCCAGGGUCUACUUUGUGUUGCUGGGAGAGACCACAACUCAGGUCACGGAGAAGCUGCAGCUGGUCCACAUGGAGGAGACAUGCCAUCACUACCUGGCCCAUGUGAAGCGGAGAGUCCAGGACGUCAUCAGUCCGAUUGUGUUUGAAGCGGCCUACAGCCUUGGUGAGCACGUGACUGGAGAAGAGGAGAGGGAGCUGCCCGCUCUGACACCCGUACUCCGCUGGAGGAAGGGACAAAAGAUCGCACAAAAGAAUCAGACUGUUUUUGAAAGGAACUGCCGUUCGGAGGACUGUGCCGCUGACCUGCAGCUUCAGGGUAAACUGUUGCUCUCCAGCACUGAUGAAAAAACCCCCUACCUGGCUUUGGGAGCUGUGAAGAAUAUCUCCUUAAACAUCUCUAUCUCCAACCUCGGGGAUGAUGCCUAUGAUGCUAAUAUUUCCUUCAAUGUUUCUCGGGAGCUCUUCUUCAUCAACAUGUGGCAGAAGGAGGAGAUGGGCAUUUCCUGUGAGCUGCUGGAAUCGGACUUCCUCAAAUGCAGUGUGGGAUUUCCUUUCAUGAGGUCGAAGUCAAAGUACGAAUUCAGCGUGAUCUUUGACACAAGUCACCUGUCUGGGGAAGAGGAAGUUCUUACAUUCAUCAUUACUGCUCAGAGUGGCAACGUGGAGCGCACCGAGUCACUGCACAACAACAUCCUCUCACUGACAGUGCCGCUGGUGCAUGAAGUGGACACAUCCAUCACUGGAGUCAUGUCUCCAACCUCCUUUGUGUACGGCGAGUCAGUGGACACAUCCAACUUCAUUCAGCUGGAUGACAUGGAGUGUCAUUUCCAGCCCCUCAAUGUCACCCUUCAGGUCUACAACACUGGGCCGAGCACCCUCCCUGGGUCAUCUGUCAGCAUCUCUUUCCCCAAUCGACUGUCCUCUGGAGGUGCAGAAAUGUUUCAUAUCCAGGAGAUGGUGGUGGGCCAAGAGAAGGGAAACUGCUCUUUCCAGAAAAACCCAACCCCAUGCAUUAUUCCUCAAGAACAAGAAAAUAUCUUCCACACAAUAUUUGCCUUUUUCACAAAGUCUGGAAGAAAAGUUUUGGACUGUGAAAAACCAGGAACGUCUUGCCUAAAUGUGCACUGUAACCUUAGUGCACUUGCUAAAGAAGAAAGCCGUACUGUAGAUGUUUCCAUGCUUCUGAACACCGAAAUAUUGAAGAAGGACAGUUCAUCUGUCAUCCAGUUUAUGACCAGAGCCAAAGUGAAGGUGGAUCCUGUCCUGAGGGUGGUGGAAAUAGCCAAUGGGAACCCAGAAGAGAUGACGGUGGUCUUCGAGGCCUUACACAACCUGGAGCCCCGUGGCUACGUCGUGGGCUGGAUCAUUGCCAUCAGUUUGCUGGUGGGAAUCCUUAUCUUCUUGUUGCUGGCUGUGCUGCUCUGGAAGAUGGGCUUCUUUCGCCGGAGAUACAAAGAAAUCAUCGAAGCUGAGAAGAACCGGAAAGAGAACGAGGACAGUUGGGACUGGGUCCAGAAAAACCAGUGACCUGCCACGCCAGUCACAUGACCCAACCAUUCGCCUGUCGUCCUUGAUCUUUGUAUCUUCCAUAUUUGGAAGAAAGAAUCUUCUCCAGAUUUUUCGGAGGCCCCACUGAUGCUGUUCUCUUCCUCAUGAUAGCAAGCCCAGCCCGGGUGCUAGCCCGAGGCAGCCAUUUUGGCCAGGUCACAUGACUGGAGCCACUGCCACUUCCUUUCAGAGAACUCUGAACUUUGGAACGCGAACUACAGAACCGAGCAAUAUUUAUGGAUGCAACAUGUGUGGUCAACCCUCAGGGGAAAACUGUUACCUAAAGUAUUUUUAUAAAUAUAAGCCUUUUAUACUGAUUACGUCUUUAUAUUUGUAUCAAUGUUUUAUUAUUUCUAUUAAAUAGUUAUAUCAUCCACUCAAGCACUGAUACCUGGCCGAAAUCUUGGAACUACAUGCACAUGCAUACAAAUUUUUAAGGAUCAAAGCCUUAUUUUACUUUGGAACUUGCGGUUAAAAAGACUAGUGGGUAAAAUAAGGUGAAGAAACUUCAUGUAAUGAAUCCACCAAACUUCCAGUGCUGCUGAUAAACUUUGGAUGUAGCAAGACCCCUAAGACCUUGUAUGUCUUCUUGCCUGAAGUCAAGUUCAUUGAAGUAAUGUACUAGAGCAACUGUAAGUGGUUUUUGCACAAACCUUGCCGGUUAGAACAUUCUCAGUGGGAACUUGAAUGGAAAGAUUUGACUCCUAGCAACAAGUGUGCAUUGCAUCACCUUUAUACAGCAGACGUCUCACCCUUC